AGCCUUCUCCCCGAACCGCGCCACACCAAACGCUUCCCAAGUUGGGCUGCGAAUCCCUGUUUGGUUUUCCAACGCCGAAAGACGUAGAAGCAGUGGGAUCUCCUGGUGGGACGCGUUUCUCCAAGGGCUCCCAGAGAGAGGACGAGAUAGCAGGGUUUACAGGGCAAAGAGAGGAGAACCUGGAAAUCGUGUCCUGGGGGGCAAGAGUGCGUUGCCCAGUCACAAGUGUGCUGUAGAGGUGGGAGAGGACAAGGACCCAUUUCCACAUUUCAACCCUCCGUUUCUAUCGCUGCCCCUGGAGGACUCAGCUGCUAACGCCGAGCUCGUUUCCACGCGGCUCUGGCCCUAGUCGGGGAAGCCGGGUGGCCGCGCGACGCGAGAGAACUGCUGGGAUGCGUGGCCCUGGUAUGGGCGCACCCAGCGUCCGGGGCGCAGGUUCUCUCAGCCCAGCUUCUCCUCCCACUCACUCGCUCGGAUCUCCUCCCUCCUUCACAUCCCCCGCCCCCGGGACCGCGAGGCUCCCUCCCCGCACCGGCCAGUGAGUACACAAAGCCGCGGGUGAGGGGAAGCUUCGCAGGCGUGCACGGAGCAGUGAGAUCACUGGCGUUAUAAAUAUCCCGGUGCCAGCGCGGAGAUCCGCUCGGGUGGCCUCUCUCUUCCCCUCUCCCCUUCUCUUCCCCGAGGCUAUGUCCACCCGGUGCGGCGAGGCGGGCAGCGCCAGAGGCACGCAGCCGCACAGGGGCUACAGAGCCCAGAAUCAGCCCUACAAGAUGCACUUAGGACCCCCGCGGCUGGAAGAAUGAGCUUGUCCUUCCUCCUCCUCCUCUUCUUCAGCCACCUGAUCCUCAGCGCCUGGGCUCACGGGGAGAAGCGUCUCGCCCCCAAAGGGCAACCCGGACCCGCUGCCCCUGAUAGGAACCCUAGAGGCUCCAGCAGCAGACAGAGCAGCAGUAGCGCUAUGUCUUCCUCUUCUGCCUCCUCCUCCCCCGCAGCUUCUCUGGGCAGCCAAGGAAGUGGCUUGGAGCAGAGCAGUUUCCAGUGGAGCCCCUCGGGGCGCCGGACCGGCAGCCUCUACUGCAGAGUGGGCAUCGGUUUCCAUCUGCAGAUCUACCCGGAUGGCAAAGUCAAUGGAUCCCACGAAGCCAAUAUGUUAAGUAUUUUGGAAAUAUUUGCUGUGUCUCAGGGGAUUGUAGGAAUACGAGGAGUUUUCAGCAACAAAUUUUUAGCGAUGUCAAAAAAAGGAAAACUCCAUGCAAGUGCCAAGUUCACAGAUGACUGCAAGUUCAGGGAGCGUUUUCAAGAAAAUAGCUAUAAUACCUAUGCCUCAGCAAUACAUAGAACUGAAAAAACAGGGCGGGAGUGGUAUGUGGCCCUGAAUAAAAGAGGAAAAGCCAAACGAGGGUGCAGCCCCCGGGUUAAACCCCAGCAUAUCUCUACCCAUUUUCUGCCAAGAUUCAAGCAGUCGGAGCAGCCAGAACUUUCUUUCACGGUUACUGUUCCUGAAAAGAAAAAGCCACCUAGCCCUAUCAAGCCAAAGAUUCCCCUUUCUGCACCUCGGAAAAAUACCAACUCAGUGAAAUACAGACUCAAGUUUCGCUUUGGAUAAUAUUCCUCUUGGCCUUGUGAGAAACCAUUCUUUCCCUUCAGGAGUUUCUAUAGGUGUCUUCAGAGUUCUGAAGAAAAAUUACUGGACACAGCUUCAGCUAUACUUACACUGUGUUGAAGUCACGUCAUUUGUUUCAGUGUGACUGAAACAAAAUGUUUUUUGAUAGGAAGGAAACUGGAAUUCUUUGUACUAAUACAGGGAGCACACUGCUUCAGUUCAGCAAGACAUAAAGCCUUUUGCUUUAUGCUUGAGGGAUAUUUAGAACUUUGUAUUUUCGGAAAGUUAAAUAACAUGGACUACGUAUUUUUCUCACUUUUACAGAUCAACCUGAAAGAACAUACAUGAUACAUUUUUAUUUUUGGUUUCCAAAGAAUAUUUUGAUGCAGAUAAAAUAUUUUGUUAACUUUUUUUUGUUUGUUUGUUUUCUUAAAAGUACCUCUGCAUUGAGCAUAUUUUCUUACUUUUAUUAUUUUAAUUAAUAUGACAUAAGCAAUCAUUUUAUGCUGUUUAUGAAUUAUAAAUGUGUUUAUAGCUCAUUUGUAAUAUGGAAAUCUUUUACAUUUUUCCUAUUCACUGCACUUUUUUAUUGUUUUUAUUUCUAGCCAUACCUCAGAUAAUAUGUUUAGUUUUACAUUUUAAAAUGUUUAAACUCUCUUUCACAGCACCAAAGGCUCAGCUUGGAUUUGUGUGUAUGUGUAUGUAAAUUCAUGACAUUAUGUGGAAUCCUGCACCUUUGGUGCCUGGGAUAUGAUGGGUUAGAAGCAAGGAGAAAAUAUAAGGACUUUUUGAUGGAAUUAAAUGUGGGAGGUAAGGAAAAGGAUUUAGAGGUAAAAGUACACUAAGUUUGCAACAUUUAUUGAGAUCUAAGUCUGUCUUGCCUUCGUUUCUCUUUUUAUCUCCCCCUUGCCCUCAUUCUUGAACAGCUGGAGGAAUACAUUUUAUUCUGUCCAUGAAGCAUACACUAUGAAAUUCAAGUGCUUAAAAAUACUUCUAUGACUCUCUGCUAUCCCACUGUAUAGAUCCACAGGGAGCAAACACUUAGAAAUGAUAGAGAACUGAAGGAGAUCAAUGGUUUAACAGUUAUCCAUGCCAAGUCCCAUUGUCAGAAAUAUUCUUAUUACUCAGUCAAACACUCUUUGAGCUUCCCUUCCUAAAGGUAACCAUUCCAGUGAAUAGAUGUGCCCUUUUAUAAGGAAACUUCUGAUGUUUAUUAAAAAAACUGGCCUUUUGAUAGAGGUAACUUAAUUUGGGAAUUUGUUGUGUUGAAAAUGGCAUUUAAUUUCAACCUAAAUACUGACUGCUGGACAUAAAUCACAGAAAAUUUAACUUAAGAAAAUUUACAAAAUUUAUUCUCAGGUAAUCAUUUUAAUAAAGUUCUGCAAAAUACACAUGUUUAUCUUACAUCCAGAAAUGUGGCAAAAAAGGCAUAGCUAAAGGUUAAACAUAUGGCUUUAGUAGUAACAAAAGGGUUCAUAGAAAUUUCAUGGUUUGCAUUUAAACAUGUUUAAAGUAUACUUAUAAACUAUUUUUUUCUUAAAGCAAACUACGAUUUAUUCUGGUGCACAAAUACAAAGUGGAAAUUUACCAAAAUUGAACUAGCUACCAUAUAAGCAGAUUGCUUUAAUUUGAUGGGAAAAUAGUACACACAUAUAUAUAACAAAUAAUAUAUUAAAAAACCCAUCCAUCAACUAAAACAUUAUAUGUAUACAUCAGUAUAGUGUUUUAUUAUAAAGCCAAUUAUCUGAUUAAGCAUUCUUUCCACUGAAUGCAUAAUUUUUAAAUAGCAUAAAAUGAAAUGCUACAAAAAAUUGAACUAAUUUAUACUUUAAAGUAUUUCUGGGUUAAAUGAAACAAUGAAAUUUUUUAGUAUGUCCAACUCUCAUCCAAAUGGCAUAUGACCCUGUUUACACAGCCUAAAGCUAAAAAUAUUACUCUAGUUUAUUCUAAUCUAUUGUUAAGUAUUGUGCACUGUAUACCAAGCUCUUAGGGCACAUGAAAAAUUUUAGCUGCCAAACAGAAACUAGUAAACAUAUGUUCCUAAUAACUGAAGGGAAAGAUAAUAAUGAUGGUCAACAAUAAGCCACGUCAAUGCAUAAGUUGUAUAGGCUAAAUGUUGCUUGUAGGCUACAUUAAACUCAAAUGUAAUAGUUUAUCUUAUACUGCUGGUUUGAUUUGAUUAGCAUAUUAACGUGAAAGUAGGAUAGCUACUAAAUAUAUAUUAUGCAAGUCAGGAAUCAUUAAUUUCAAAAUUUAAAGCCAUGCUAAAAUUAAAAAGAAAAUAUUAAAUUACACAAUUACACUUCUCUUUACUGGCCAUACACAAUGAUUUUAUUUUAUUUUAUUUUUUUGAGACAGAGUCUUGCUCUGUCACCAGGCUGGAGUGCAGUGGCGUGAUCUCGGCUCACUGCAAACUCCAACUCCCUGGUUUAAGGGAUUCUCCUGCCUCAGCCUCCCAAGUAGCUGGGAUUACAGGCUCAUGCCACCACGCCAGCUAAUUUUUGUAUUUUUAGUAGAGAUGGGGUUUCACCAUGUUGGUCAGGAUGGUCUCAAUCCUGAACUCUUGAUAGUCCUGACCUCAUGAUCUGCCCACCUCGGCCUCCCCAAAGUGCUGGGAUUACAGGUACAAUGAUGUAUAAUUAAUGCUUAGUGAAGCAUAAAGUUACCUACAUCAAUUAAUUAAAUGAACUUAUGUACAGAAAACAUGUAUAAAUAUAAAUCUAUACUAAUGCUUACAGCUUUCUAAGAGGGUUCUUGCUUACGUAGCUUUUUAUUGUUUUAAGUAACUAGAACCACCAAAUAUCAAAUAAAAUUAUUUGGUUAUGGUUAUGUUCAUCUAAACACAACAAUAACUUUUAUAUUAAUAUUUAGGAGUCUAUUUUGUCUAUAGGUGACAAACAUCUCCAGACUAACAUGUCAGUUUUAUCAAUUAUAUUAUGUUUAAUUAUUUAAGAUUUCUUUAUAUGGAACAUCUAUAGAGAUAAAUAGAAAUUUUCAAUAAGAUGUAGUAACACUGUGAUUUAUCUUUCAAGAGUCUCUCUUCACUUCCUUCUAAAGAGACUAAUUUGAGAGUACAGGUGUAUAUUAAUUUUCUUGGUUCUUUCAGCUGAAUUAUAUUGGUCCAGAAGUUCAAAAUCAUGUGACAAUAAUAAGGGAUACUGACAGAAGUUAUUUCCAAGUUUGUGUAUAUAUUAUAAAAAUUACAUAUAUAAAACUAAGGCUUUUAUUUCUGUUAUUUUUAAGCUUUUAUUUCUUGUAGCUAAAAAUAAAACAUCAUAAAUCUGGUAGGUAAAUUUCUUAUUAAAUCAAUCUUGAAAUAGAAAAUGUAAUAAUUUUCUUACCAUUAACAUUUUUUACCCUUCCAUAGAAGGGAGGGAAUAAAUCAUGACUUAUCCCAUUUUCAAUAACAAAACGAAACUAUGGCACUAACCAAAAACUUGCAUUCUGGCAUAAUUUUUACAGUUGCAGAGAAUUGUUUCUGGGCUCAUUAAAAAAAGUAGUAUUGCAGACAUUGCUGCAAUGGGAAGCAAACAAUAACGUCUUAAAGGAAUUCUACACCUCCUUUAAGAUUUACUUAAUUGCUACAUCUAAAUUCUGAUAAUUUAAAAUCCAUUUUAGGUGACAAAAUUUUUUAAAAGUUUUGAAGGAAACCUCUGGAUAAAUGGACAAGGCCUAUUUUUUUUUUGUAGUCAAUCCAACUGUACUGGCCAAUUUUUGAAAUAAGAUUAUAUGAUUAGGUAUUAGCAGAGACAAAGAGUUACCUCCUCCAUCUUACUCUGCCCUAUUUGAAAGUCUCAGGGGAGAAAAGGGAACAAGAUGCUGAUCCAACCUGAGUGGAGUCAGGUGAGGCAUCUUUACAUCUAAGAAUUUUUUUUUAAAUUUUAUUAUUAUUAUACUUCAAGUUCUAGGGUACCUGUCCACAAUGCACAUGUCUGUCACACAUGCACACAUGUGCCAUGCUGGUGUGCUGCACCCACCAACCUGUCAUCCAGCAUUAGGUAUAUCUCCUAAUGCUAUCCCUCCCCUCUCCACCCACCCCACAGCAGGCCCUGGUGUGUGAUGUUCCCCUUCGUGUGUCCAUGUGAUCUCAUUGUUCAAUUCCCACCUAUGAGAGAGAAAAUGUGGUGUUUGGUUUUUGGUCCUUGCGAUAGUUUGCUGAGAAUGAUGGUUUCCAGCUUCAUCCAUGUCCCUACAAAGGACAUGAACUCAUCAUUUUUUAUGGCUGCAUAGUAUUCCAUGGUGUAUAUGUGCCACGUUUUCUUAAUCCAGUCUAUCAUUGUUGGACAUUUGGGUUUGUUCCAAGUCUUUGCUAUUGUGAAUAGUGCCGCAAUAAACAUACGUGUGCAUGUGUCUUUAUAGCA